ACUAAACUCGGACUUGGGCUGUGGCAAAACGUUAACUACUGAUAGUAAGGAAGCUCGGUUUGUCCCCCCACACUAAGUGGGAGAGCUGAAAACAACACGCCGCGUCACAGCCUCUUGACCUGUCAGUGAUCCCCGCCGCCUUCCCAGGUGAGGAAACUGAGGCCGAGGGGAAGGAAAGGCCUGCCUGCAGUUCAGAGUCACCUCGUUCCUUCCUGAAAUCACCCACCGUUUGACAGGAGCGCUGUCCCGUCCCGACGACCCUCAGAAAGGCUCCGAGGAGCCCGAAAGGAACCCGUCCUCAUCCCGUCGCCAGAUUCCGGGGCUAAAAACAGGCGCCCCGUCCUUGCCCGGGUACAGGCAUGGGCAUCGGGUGGGCCCAGGCGCUAAAAGUGCUCUUUUCCCGGGGCCCACCGCUGCCGCCCGCCGGUUCUCCCGGGAGGAGAGGCCAUCACUCACCUGCGACUGGAGAGAACGCGAUUCCUUUCUCGGCGUCGGCCCUCGGCACUCCGGUGUCAAGCGCGAUGGCUGCCGCGGCCCGAACUCGCGUCAGCUCCUUCCGGGCCGGCGGGUGCUUCACUCCCGAAGGUUCUCGGGACUGCAGCGCCACGCGCCGAAGUUCCGCCUCCUGGCGGUUCCGCGGCCAAUCCCACCGUGAGCGCGCCGAGACCUGGGGAGAGCUCCAGACAUCCAACUGAACGCGCUUCUGGGGCCGCGGGCCUAAACAGAGAAGGGAACACAGGUGUUUAGCUUGGGGAAAUUAUAUGCGACAUCCUUUUUUGAAAAACACAUUUUUAAAGGACACUUGUUUCUUGAAUGCAACAAGUAAUUUACAAAAUGUAACUGCGCGCCAGAUAGUAUGUUGGAUGCUAGCUGUUGAGCUUUAAGCAAGACUGACUCCGCAGUUCUUUGCUAAUGGAUGCUGCUUUUCUUAAAUGUAUUCAGAUGGGAUUCCUUGGGUGCCUUGCAUGAAACUGUGAUGACAGUGCUUCCAAGAUUGCUCUCAACACUAGGAUUCUAGGUGAUGCGGACAGAACAAGGAGGUGUUUGGGGACCGAAGCAGAGUUUCCCGAUAGAUUGCCAACAAAGCCUAUGAUGGCUCUGCUAGAUCUCCUCCUCUUUCCCACCAGCCUCAGGAAACGCCUUACUCAUGGGUCCUCCCUUCGUGCUUGUCAUUCCUCUGCCAAAGUCUUCCCCAGAUUGCUCCUCUCCUUCCUUUUAACAUCUACACACUCUUCCCAUCUCUUAUCAAAGCCUCCCUUUCAGGCUUGGUUAAGCCCUCCUUUACAGGCUUCCCAGCAACUGUACAAUUUACCGUAUCAUUGAAUUUAUGUUGCUUAUAAUUGUACAGUUAAAUUUGUAUGAUUAUUUAUCUGUAGCUUUCCCCAGCAGAUGUUCUAUCAAGGUUCCUUAGGUCAAGAACCACAUCUGCCUUUUCCUCUCUUGAAUCCAUUUUCAGUGCCUGGCAUACAAUAGGUGCAUAAUAUAUAUGAGCAAGUGGGAGUUCCUGUUGUGGCACAGCAGAAAUGAAUCUGACUAAUAUCCAUGAAGAUGUGUGUCGGAUCCCUGGCCUCAUUCAGUGGGUCAGGGAUUGUGGCAUUGUCGUGAGCUGUGGUGUAGGUUGCAGACAUGGCUCGAAUCCCACAUCGCUGUGGCUGUGGUGUACACUGGCAGCUGCAGCUCCAAUUUGACCCCUAACCUGGGAACUUCCAUAUGCCAGGGGUGCAGCCCUAAUAAAAAA